AUGGCCUUCGUCAACUCCUUCUACGGCCUGCCAUUCGCCUCAAACCGAGCCAAUCCGGUCUCCCGCAAGUCAUGUUCGCGUCUUUCCUACCCAACACGAAUGGUCGCCACCGCCCGCCCCCCCGCAAGCAACCAGUCUAUGUCCAAAUUUGACCGCAUGCGCGACAAAUACGGCCUCAAGCGUGUCCAGCCGAAAAACUCGGGCUUCACCUACGAGGAUUUCGAGACCGCCAUCUCAGAGUUUGACUAUUCCUUUGAGGAAGGUGAUAUUUGCAGUGGUCGCGUCUUCCAAUAUGAGCCCAACGGCGCCCUCAUUGACAUCGGUGCGAAAGCUUCAGCUUAUUGCCCGGUCGCCGAGAUGUCCAUGAUCCGUGUCGAUAAGCCUGAACAGGCCCUCACCAUUGGAGAGGAUCGCGAGUUUCAGAUCAUCUCCAGAGAAGAUGCCAACGGCCAGCUCAAGCUCUCCAUCCGCAGAAUCGAAUUUGGAAGGGCCUGGGAGCGUGUCGCUCAGCUCCAAGCAGAGGACGUCACCGUUCACGCUGAAGUCAUCUCGGUCAACAGAGGAGGUUGUCUCGUCAUGAUCGAGGGACUUCGCGCCUUUUUACCAGGUUCUCACAUCUCCCUUCGCACCCCGAGAGAAGACCUGGUUGGCGUCGAAUUGCCCCUCAAAUUCCUCGAAGUCGAUACUGAGAAGAACAGGCUUGUCGUUUCACACCGUCGCGCUGUCGUCGAGAAGCAGAUGACCAAUCUAGUUGCCGGUGAGAUUGUUAAAGGUGUGGUCCGCGGUAUCAAGCCUUACGGUGCCUUUGUUGAUAUUGGUGGCAUCUCAGGAUUGCUUCAUGUCUCCCAGAUUUCUCAUGAUCACGUUGCCGACAUCGGCGCAGUUGUGCAAGACGGUUCCGAGAUCAAAUGCAUGAUCAUUAACCAGGACAAGGAGAAGGGCAGAAUCUCUCUCUCAACUAAGACUCUUGAGCCAGAGCCCGGAGACAUGAUCCGCGACUCUGCCUUCGUUUACGAAAAGGCUGACGAGAUGGCCGCCCGCUACCACAAACGCCUGGAAGAAGAACGAAAGGCUGCUGCUGAUGUUGCCGAUGAUAUCGUUUCCACUCUUGACAUGGCUUCGUUAGAUGACUUGGGCGUCGAUCCCGUAGCAACAGAAGCCGCUUAAGAAACUUGACUCUGUCGCCUGCUGUGUUUUUGAUUCGUGCCCAACUUACUCUGGUAUUAAACGUAUUGAGAAGGACGAAUGGAACGACUUUUCACACUUGCCCAGCUACGCCGAGUACAGCAACAAAACGCUUGUCAGUAGAUUUCCGCCCAUGGCAACUUGACGAAUCGAUCAUAACUACUUCGAAUCAGGAAGUGAGGAGGAUCCAAUCGACAGAAACACUGACGUGAAAUGCCUUGAACAAAGUCCCACGCUCAGCCUUUUGCGUGAGAGUGAAGCAAACUUUCCGGAAACGCGUUGCCUGCCUUGUAUGUUAUCGUCAUGCUACGAUCAGAAAGCACGAAUAGCGACUCGUUUUUUGUGCAGUACACGCUCUUGGUCAAGGCUUUCAUGAAACCAGCUCUUUCACAUACUGUUAUAGAGACGUUUUCUCCUCUAGGAUCUGUCCCUGUGAAUGGUGAUAAUAAUCAUUUCUUGCUUCCGAAGCCUAACAAAACUUCGCCGUAAAGUUUAGAAUACUUCGUUUUUCAGUAUGUUCA